AUGGUCUCCUUCACAACUCUCCUCGCAUUCACUGCCGGCGCCAUCGCAGCCCCCACCACCCAAACCGAGCAACCGAAGAUUCCCUCCAACUGGACGUGGCACGUCGAGGGGUGGUCAGCCGGCUGCGCACGCAGUGGCUGCUACUAUGACUUCAACAUCUCGGUACCGAGCAUCGAGGGCGAGAUUCUCGGUGUCAAGGCAUACUGCUCCGGCUAUGAGAACGGCUGGUACCGCAAGGGCAACUGGUACGCACCCUGCCGCAUCUUGGAGGGCGUCAACAACGGCGUCUCUGCAAAGUUCAGCGAGAGGACUAGCGACACCAGUGGCUCUCCAGACCAGAUCUUGUUGAGCUUUGAGAAGGCUCCCUACGAACCAACUGGAUACAACUUCACUGGCUCUCACGAGGCGAUCUACAACCAGUUUGUUGCGCCUGAGCAGGAGUUUGAUGUCACACCUACUGCGGUGACUAUUGUCGAGUAA